CGAGGAGCCGCCUCGGCGCCUGCUGUUUUCUCUCCCCCCCACCCCCGGGGGCAGUGGGGUGUAGGGGAAGGUCCCGCUGCCUCAGGGACCGGACAGAAAGCGGCGAAAUGGAUGACUUCCGCUCCAUCUGCCUGCUGUCUCUGGCCAUGCUGGUCGCCUGCUAUGUGGCAGGAAUUAUCCCCUUGGCAGUUAAUUUUUCCGAGGAGAGAUUAAAGUUGGUGACUGUUCUGGGUGCUGGGCUGCUGUGUGGAACUGCCUUGGCUGUCAUUGUGCCAGAAGGAGUACAUGCACUUUAUGAAGACAUUUUGGAAGGGAAGCAUCACCCGGCAAGUGAGAUGCAGCGUGUGAUUGAGUCUGAGAAGGUAGCGGAAAUCCCGGUUGUACACGAGUAUGGCCAUGACCAUUCCAGGUUGCAUGCCUACAUUGGUGUAUCCCUCGUCCUCGGCUUUGUCUUCAUGCUGUUGGUGGAUCAGAUAGGCAGCUCUCAUGUGCACUCUACAGAUGAUCCAGAAGCUGCAAGAUCAGGCAACUCCAAAAUCACCACAACGCUGGGACUAGUAGUCCAUGCUGCAGCUGAUGGUGUUGCAUUGGGUGCAGCAGCUUCUACUUCUCAGACUAGUGUCCAGUUGAUAGUGUUUGUUGCGAUUAUGUUGCACAAGGCACCAGCUGCCUUUGGCCUGGUUUCCUUCCUGAUGCACGCUGGGCUGGAACGGAAUCGAAUUAGAAAACACUUGCUGGUCUUUGCGUUAGCAGCACCUGUUAUGUCGAUGGUGACAUACUUAGGGCUAAGCAAGAGCAGCAAAGAAGCCCUUUCAGAAGUCAAUGCCACCGGAGUUGCUAUGCUGUUUUCUGCUGGGACUUUUCUUUAUGUUGCCACAGUUCAUGUCCUCCCAGAAGUAGGAGGAAUUGCUCAUAGCCACAAACCUGAAUCAACUGGAGGAAAAGGACUCAGUCGUCUGGAGGUGGCAGCCCUAGUAUUAGGAUGCCUUAUUCCUCUAGUUUUGUCCAUUGGACACCAUCACUAAAUGCUCGAAUUUCACCGUUCUCCUCCUCGACCUGACGUGAGCAGUAAAUGUCAGCUGCUCCCUUUAUCAUUGUCUCUUACCCAUCAUCCAUCCCAUCCACUUUAUGGAGUUCAGAGGGAACCUUAAUUGCAAAAUGAGAAAUACUGGGAGAGUUUUUAGUGUAGCAAAAUGGCAGCCGGACGUAAAUUCUAUAUAACUUUCUUUUCUGAAGACAUUUGCUAUUUUAAUUGUUACUUCUGGCCCUAUUCUCAGGGAAGAUGGAAUUUGGAGUUUAAGAAAGGUGAGUGGGGAAGAACAUAGCGACUCAUCACGAAAUUGCAAUCACCAAAGUAUCUUGCAAUUCAGCUUUCACAGCUGAGAGCAAAAACAAAGGAUGGCUGCCUUGUGAGAGGUUGAAGUCUUAUUAAUGAAGAAGGGGGCUCUCCCCCAUCAGUUCUAUGUUGUCCUGACAGCGUGACUGGUCCUUGUGAUGUUUGUCACUAAUUGCAUUGCAAAAAUGGGCUACACUCGGAACUCUGGACAACACUGCUGUUGUCACAGAAGUGUCACUGAUGGGAAGGAAAUGAUGUAGACAAAGUGUAGGAUUAGAGUAGGAAAUCAGCUGGUUAAGAAAGUGCAAAUGAAUUUUGCAGUGUAUUCAAUUAUUUAAGACAAAGGAUAGAAGCGAGGAGAAUAGUGUUUUGAUUGUUUAUGCAAUUGUUAAUAAAUUUUUAAAAAGGGAGCGUUUCCUGGGAGAUGGUCUUCUGCCAAGUCAGUAAAGCGUAGGCACCAAAAAUGUUAGCAGGAAUUAGGUAUUGGGUACUGUGGUUACACUACUACUGUUGAGAGAGAUACCCAUAGUGUCCUUUGAAAUCGAGCUGUUCUGGGCUCUGAGGAGUAGAAAUCUGAUGGAGACAGCUGUUGAGGGACCAGAGAACUUUACUAGCUCAUUUUCAAAAGUCUGAACUGCUGAA